AGCAGGCCACCAGCAGAGGCGGCGCCGCCCACCCCACCACGCCCAGCGACGUCACCCGCGCGCCCCGCCGCUCUCGGUGAGAGUGGACAUGCAGGGCUCAAAACCCCUGUUAAAGACCGCUGUAGUGUAUCUCGCUCUAGAGAGAGCCCUGAGGAGCGCCAGGCUCGACUGGCAAAGGGACGUGAAGCUAAGAGUGCGGCUAGAGCAAAAGAGAGUGCGGAGGCUAAAGAGGCUCGAUUGGCGAAAGACCGGGCCAGGAGGCGAGCGAGAGAACAAGAAAAUCCUCAGAUUCGUGAGAAUCGGCAGGAGAAGAAGCGGGAGUCCAGGGCAAAAGAGAGUGCGGAGGCUAAAGAGGCUCGAUUGGCGAAACAACGGGCCAGGAGGCGUGCAGCAAAAGAACAGGAAAGUGAUCAAGAACGCGAUGCUAAAAGUGCUGAGAAGCGUAGGCAGAUGAGACUGCAUCGCGCGCAAACAGCAAAACGUGCAAAACGUGUGUUAUUCAGUGUUUCGCAAGAAGAGUCUUCCUGUGGUGAUGCCUCUGAUAGUGACUCCACUGACUGGAGUUCACACAGUGAUGGCUGUCAAUUGGAAGACGAUGUCUCUGACUGUGACGCGUAUGGCGAAGCCACUAACGGGUAUCGAACCCUGGACCCCAACGACCCUGCAGUAAAACUGCAGAGUAACUCUUUGAGGUUCCUCAAAUAA